AAUAAUUAAACGGCAUGUUGUAGCUGUUGGUUCGCAGCAAAGGUUUGGGUACUCGGAGAAGCAGUUGAAGCUGCGUUCAUACGACUGGUGUGUUCAUGUCAGACUACCGACCGAGACCCACAGUAGAACAUAGCACGUUUUGUGCCAUUUCAUCCAUUCUGCGCCAAAUCGAUGGUAGAGUGUGAAUGACUUAGCAAAGUUAGCAGUGAGGGCUUGUACUGACAUCCAUUUAAUUAGUGAAGUGGACUGGUUUGACAGCAACUGCUUAGCCAGCUAGCAUCGUUGUCGUUGCACUUUCUAAACACCCAUCCAGGGAUAAAGGUAAUAACAAAACAAGGGAUGAGUUUGCCGCUGUCUCGCUCCGAGGUCUUCGGAGAACUCCGGAAGGAACUGCACGAGGAUGAGGAGUUCCAUCAGACAGACGUCCACAUCUUCAUCAUCAUGGGAGCUUCGGGGGAUCUCGCCAAAAAGAAGAUCUACCCCACGCUAUGGUGGCUGUUCAGAGACGGCCUCCUCCCAGAGCAGACCUACUUUGUGGGCUACGCCCGCUCAGAGCUGACCAUCGAUGCCAUUCGCACCGCCUGCCUGCCCCACAUGAAGGUGGAGGAUUCUGAGACGGAGCGUGUGGAGGCGUUCUUCAAGCGUAACUCGUACGUGAGCGGCAAGUACAACGAGGACGCCUCCUUCUCCAAGCUGCACGAGUACCUGCUGUCCCUGCCCAGCGGCGCCGAGGCCAACCGGCUCUUCUACCUGGCCCUGCCCCCCAGCGUCUACCACGACGUCUCCAAGAACAUCAAACACCACUGCAUGGCCACCAAGGGCUGGAACAGAAUAAUUGUGGAGAAGCCGUUUGGCCGGGAUCUGCAGAGUUCUGAGGAGCUGUCCAAUCACCUGUCUUCUCUGUUCACGGAGGAGCAGAUCUACCGUAUCGACCACUACCUGGGGAAGGAGAUGGUGCAGAACCUCAUGGUGCUCAGGUUUGGCAACCGUAUCUUUGGUCCCAUCUGGAACAGGGACAGCGUGGCCUGCGUAGUGCUGACCUUCAAAGAGCCGUUUGGCACACAGGGCCGCGGAGGCUAUUUUGACGACUUUGGGAUCAUCCGCGAUGUCAUGCAGAACCACCUCCUCCAGAUGCUUUGUCUGGUCGCCAUGGAGAAACCUGCCACCACCAGUUCCGACGACGUUCGAGACGAGAAGGUGAAAGUGCUGAAGUGCGUUGCUCCAGUGACGCUGGAUGAUGUGGUGUUGGGCCAGUACGUGGGCAAUCCGGAGGGAGAAGGCGACGCCAAGCUCAGCUACCUGGACGACCCCACCGUCCCCAAAGGCUCCACCACGGCCACCUUUGCCACCGCCGUCCUCCACGUCAACAACGAGCGCUGGGACGGCGUCCCGUUCAUCCUGCGGUGCGGCAAGGCUCUGAACGAGCGCAAGGCAGAGGUGCGGCUGCAGUUCAAAGAAGUGCCGGGCGACAUCUUCGCCGGGCAGUGCCGCCGCAACGAGCUGGUGGUGCGCGUGCAGCCCAACGAGGCCAUCUACGCCAAGAUGAUGACCAAGAAACCCGGCGGGUACUUCAGCCCCGAGGAGACCGAGCUGGACCUCACAUACCGCAGCAGAUACAAGGAUGUGAAGCUGCCAGAUGCCUACGAGCGCCUCAUCCUGGAUGUGUUCUGUGGCAGUCAGAUGCACUUUGUGCGCAGUGAUGAGCUCAGGGAAGCUUGGAGGAUCUUCACUCCUCUUCUCCACAAGAUAGAAGGAGAGAAAACCCCCCCUAUCCAUUACCCAUAUGGAAGUCGUGGUCCUACAGAAGCAGAUGAGCUUCUGAAGAGAGUUGGCUUCCGUUACGCUGGAACUUACAAAUGGGUGGAACCCAACAAACUGUGAAGUGCCCUCUGCUAACCAAAUGCAGAACUUCCAUGGGGCCAGAGAAGAUGCAGAACAAACCCAAAAAGGAAUGAGCUGGAGUCGGAGGCCACAGAGCCAUAAUGGUGCUUAGUGCUUCCACUGUGUCAUCAAAUGAAGGUCAUCUCUGAAACGGGAGGGGAAAAACUCCAGUGUUUAUUUGGAAGAAGUAGCAGAAGAAUUGUUACUCUACACCCCCCACCCCCCUUUUUUUGUACUCUCCUCCUGGGUUCAUUACAAGCGACCAACAUCAUUCCACUCCAAAGUCUUUCAAAAGUACAAGACUGAAACUCAACACAACUGCUGUCUUAUCUACAGUUUCAUCUACAGUGUCCACUGAUCUCUUAAAACUGUUUUCUUAAUUCUCCCCAAAGGUACAUUACGACUUGGCUUUCCGUGUAUUUUUAAUGGGUUUUCUCUGGUUUGUUUAUGCUGUGAGAGUGACUUAUAAGUCAAGUGACAUUGCCUGUCCCAUCCUGUAACAGACAUGAAAGUAAAAGAGGAGCGGGGGUUGCGUCUGUUAAGUCACAGGUGGCAGCUUAAACCAGUAGAGCAUAUUGUCCGCAGCAGGGGACACGCCGUCUGUGACCCAACUCUCCGUGUGAAACCGCCUCUCAGUCUAACGACAUCUUAACCAAUACAGACAUUACGCACAUGCACACAUGGCCAUACAAAUUACUGUUUAACUGAUAGUUCUGUCAUUUGCCAUUACCAUGCGGGGGUUGUUGAGUUUAAUUUUCACUGUAGCAUUCCUCUUUUGUUACUGAGUUGAUGGAAAAAUACUGCACACCGCAGUAAAGCUGUGUACGACACACAACACACACUCUGAGCUAUAAGUGUGAUCUUCAGACUUCCAUAGCUUUCCUGUCACUUGAAGGUACAGCAGCCCAUUCCUAUUUGUAGUUGGGGACCAUUUUUACUUUUUGUCAGGGAAAACCAUGUCACGAGAUGGAUUUUGGUAGGGAAUUCCUUCCGUUUACAUUUUGUAGAGUCCAAAGGGGAUAUGACAUGGAAUAGAUUAGGGGAAAAAAAUAAUUAGGGGAACAAAUUGUGUGUGAGUGAGAGUGUUCGCACAACUAUGUGCGUUUGCCUGCAUGCUUAUGUGGGAAUGAGUGUCACAUUGAUGGACAGGGCACUGUGCCUGGGGAUGAUUGUAUUGUCUUUUUGUUACACAACGUUACUUCCCUCAGUUAAACACUCUUUUGUCUUACUAAGAAAACUGUUGCACUCACAACAAGGUAAACUGCAUACUUGACUCCCCAGUACAGUACGUCUGUCCUUUUUUAAUAUUCCACUAACGACAACAAACAGAAGGACUCUUUUUUUUUAUGCUCCUUCAGUUUACUGGCUUACAUGUAUUAAUACAUCGAAGUGACCCGAUUGAAGUCUAGGAGGAUACUGUGUCUUUCAAUACAGUAGUUAGACUGAAAAAAUGUCAACUGUAGCGUGAUACAAUUUUGAUUUUCUUUCUUUUUUUUUUCUUUUUUUAGAGUGGUGCCAUGAGGGUCAUGAUAAUGAAUGCUUUGCAUUUUAAAUUAUUGGUUUAUGGGGUGAAUUUUUGACUGCACUUUUCAGGUUGGAAUAUCUCACUUAUUUUUGGAGGUUUUCUUUUAUUUUCUUCUUACAGGUGUUUGGUCAUUUGCAGUCUUGUUUCUAGACAUUUAGCUUUGUUAUAGAUUUAUCUUUUAUUCUGGAGAGGAUUAUGCACAUAUGGAGUUCUUUUUGUAUAAUGGCUUAAAUAAUAUUGUUUCUCAUUAAAUAAUAGCUCUGGGUGUGGCUUUAAAUUGU